GUCCACGUCCGACGCGCUUAUUGUAGAACCAACUUAAAGUUUACAACAUGGGAACAUUUGAGAAGUAAAAUAAUAUACAAAUCAGUAACAGGAAACAGUAAACAUUUAGUAACAAGAAUAGUAUCAAGAAUUGGCCUGAAUUAUUCCAUUGUCUUGUUCUUGUUGUGUUGUGUUCGUUUAAGAUUUGAAUGAAAGAAUAUUAAAUUUUCUUUCUCUGAUAUUAUUUUUGUUAACUUAGAAAUAACAAAAAUGGCAUAUAAUGAAGAAUAUGCCAAAUUUUAUAAAUCAAUUGAUCCAAGUUUUUUUAACAUGUUAGAUGUUGAAUCUAUAUUUCAUAAAACAUUUUAUCCAAACGCAUGUCAUGUUUGCAAUUGUUUUGGCGAAAAAGUUAAUUUAAAACGGUGUGGUGCUUGCGACAUGAUAUCUUAUUGUUCUAAAGAACAUCAGUUAAAGGAUUGGUCAAGUCAUAAAGAAAUUUGUAAAGUCAUACGUCAAAUAAAGAAAGAAUUGGAAGUGAAUAAUUUAUAUGAAUCACUUAAAGUUUCAAAUACUUUUAAUGGAGUAGGAGAAAUGCUUUCCAUUUUCUUAGGGAAAUUCUCCACGGGAUUAGAAACUACGUUUGGAAAGUCAUUUAAAAAAAUAAGUCAAAUGAAUGGUCUUAAAUUAAUUAAGGAUUUAUCAGACAGAGCCGUGGAAUUACUUGGAAGACCAUUGAAAUAUUAUGAAUUACAAAUGUUUUCUUUUCCACGAGUUUGUGCUGUUUGCUUCGAAUGUAAUCCUCAUCUUCUUACAAAUUGCAAAAAAUGUCCUCAAUCCAGUUUUUGUGAAAUGCAUAUAAAUGAUCCAAGUCAUGAAAAUCAAUGUUUUAAAUUUAUAUCAAUACUUUAUUUGCCAUGUGAAAUUCAUGAAACUGUUCCUCCAUUGAUAUUGGAUAUAAUAGACGAGAUGAAAUUACCUGUACAAACUGAAUUUGAAAAAUUACCGAAUUCUAUGACUAAAUUUUUCGAGCGAUAUUUUUCAAAGGUUUCAUUUCACUUAUUUUCUAUAGAAAAGAGAGUUGCAUUUAAUACCUAUUUUUCAAGCAAGUAUUCUUCUCCACUGACAAUACUUUUUGCUAUGGAGAAAUUGAGUCUCAAUUUGAAUUCUAUGACAAUUCAUGUUGUUGGCGCAUCAUCACAGGAACAAAUUUUUAACGAUUGGGAAGCAAUAUUGCAUUAUUUGACACAAUUAAAUAAACUUAAAAUUGUUUUAAUUGGACUUGAAUUUAUUCCGCCGGGUAGUGUUAAAAUGCAAAAGCAAUGUAAACUCUGCAAGAAAAAUAAAAGACAAUUCAUUAUUGAAACAAUAAUGAUUGAAUAUCAUAAAUACUGCGAUAGUUAAAAUUUUGAGAAACCAGACAUGAUUGCAUGCUUCAAUCCAGGAUUUUACGCUUAUAAAUCUUGGGAAAAAUCUAUAGAAAUUUUUAAUAAAGGACAAUGUCCAGUGUUGAUAACAUCUUACAAUGA